GAUUAAAAACUAACUUAUUUCGCCGACAAAACCAGUGCCUACCAGGUUGUAGAUGUUAUAAAUGGUAUUUUUUUUAAUCUUUUUCUUUGCAGAUAAUUCUUAUGCCUAUCAAAAAUACUACAUUUGUCUGGACUGAAUAACAAUAAAAAAAAUACACGCUUGCUUAAAAAAAGUUCGUAAAUAAAAAAAACAAACAAAAUGCAAUCAAGAAAGACAACAGAUAAAAGAACCAAAGAUGAUACAAAGAAACAGGAAGAAAAGACUAAAAAACUUCAAAAUAUAUCAACACCACGAAUCGUCGCACAAAAAACGACAAACGACAUUUAUUCUAGAACAAAUGUAGCUGACAAAGCACCGAAAAAAUCUUCAAAUAAAGUACCAAACACAACACCUAUGAAGGAUUUACUAAAAUCAUCACAAUCAUCAAUAACUCAAACUACAACAAAAAGUAUUAAAUCAAGCAGAACAGAUGCAUCAAAAACUGUAUUAAACUCAGCAAGAUCGACCGAAAAAUAUAAAUUACCACCAAAAAAUGCAUCUAAUAAAAAAUUACCCAUAAAUGUAACAGUCAAUUCUCCUAUAGUAAAAAGAAAAUUAGAUGUAAGUCAGGAUAAAUUAAAAAAGGUCGCUACGAAGGAGGUUGCAUUAAAAUCAAAAGAGGUUCUAUCAAAACCAAAAGAGGAUUCCACCAAAAAGGUUGUAGUGCCUGAAAGGCAAAGAUCUAAUACUAGGACGUUGGAUGAGGCAGAAAUAAAAAUGCUUACACCGGAUGCUGUUGACAAUAAUUCUGAAUUAUUCAAUUUGACCGCCAAAUUAGCCGCCAAACCGAAAGCUUUUUACGUAAAUCUUGAUGAAGAUGCUAAGAAUCAAAUAAAAGAAAAGUCGAGUGACGAAGAUAUUAGUUAUGAAGAUGAUUUUGAGAGCUACGAAUCUGACUUCGAUUCGUACCAUAGUGAGGUAAAAAGUGAUAGCACGGGUGAUGAUCACGGUGAUGAGAUUGAUGGUGAUAAUGAUGAACACGUAACGUUAGAAGAUGAAGACAUAGCUUCAAAGGAAGAAAGAAUGCUGGAUUCUGGUAACUACGAACUCCGGGACCCUCGCUCAGCGAAUAGAACGAAGCCAAUGGAAUUUAUAUCAGAAGCGUCUGAAGAAGAAACCAAGACCCACAAAUAUGCGGAGGAAAGUGAUAAGAAGGUCUCCCUGACCGACGAAGGUUUUCAGGACAUGUCGAGCGGACUGUCUAGUAUUAAAACAGUUCACGUAGAUGUCUUGGAGAGGCCCUUAUUUAUAGAUUUCACUAAAUCGAAGGAGAGCAAAAGAAAACGUCGUAUAUUUGAAAAAUUACAACAAAGAGCAAAAGACAUACUCAGCAUGGUAACACUUCACGAAAUAACGUACAAUUUGUACGAAAUGGCGCCAAUACCAUACGACUUGUAUAUGGCAACAUUCGGUAGGUUUAAUUACACACAGACAGCUGUGCAAACUUUUGACGAUGGUAUCACUGAAGAGAUACAAACUGACGCAAUUAUUUAUAGCAAUAAAUGGACCCAAUGCCCAGUUGAGUUUUCUAAUGAAGAUGUUUAUUUAAAUAAUAGUAUAAGAACAAAAAGUAAUAAUGAUUUAGAUUUUCUAUUUUUUGAUGAUGAAGAUAGUAAAAUUGAAAAUUACGAUCGAUAUAAAAGCGACCCCUUAAGGAUAUAUUUGGAGCAAAAAGAUGGCGCAGGACCCGAUGAAAUUAUGCCGAUAGAAAUAUAUAAAAGAAAAUUAAAAGAUAAUUCCUACAAUGUAAAUAGGUUGAGGAAGUUUCUAAAGAAGUUUGAAAGUCGAAUAAGUAAUAUUUUAAGUAGAAAUACCGGUGACACCGAUCUGUCAAAUUUGAUCAAAACGUCGAAAUUUCCGUUUAGUACGGGAUAUUUAUCUAUAUCGACGAAAAAUUUAAACAAUUUUCUGAGAAAUUCCCAAAUUACAUCGACAGUUAUAUCUGAAACGAAAAGCAAUUUAAUAAUAACGAUACACAAAAAGUUUACAAGUGGUUACGCGGCUGGGAAGUGUGUGCUUAGUCUGUGGGACUUGAGUGUUGCCAGCCGAGAACCGUUAAAGAUACUCAUCUCCACAGAUAAUGUUAAAAUCGGACGAUUUAGAGGAAGUACUGAUGGGUUUUUCGUGGGCGCUCUAGAAGAGGGAUCAAUUCAACUAUGGGAUUUAUCAGAGCAGCCAACUUGGACCAACGAUUUUACUACAGAAGAAAAAUCUACGGAAAUAAAGGAAGUCGAGACGAAAGAGUUAUCACAAACAGAAAGAGAUAGAGAGUGGAACUUGAAGAACAGCGCUUGUGUUGAUGAUAAGGCGAGGGUUUUCCGUGCUCCAGUACCGGCAAUUGUGCUUAUUUACGUGCCCAUUGAUGUGAAAAUGGGCCUCGUCCGCAUAGCUAGUUUUAUGAAUAAAAUCAUACAUAUAUGUAAUUUUAAAACAUCAGAUGGUGCGUCAUCUGUGACGCAUCUCGAGUCAUCGCCUCACGGUCUGCCGCACUUCUUGGCGGGCACUGAUGCGGGGACCGUCAACCUUUGCUCCUUGACUGAUUUUAGAGUCUUAUUGACAUUGGAUUGUAUAUAUUACAGCAUCACUCCCACAACGAUAGAAAAAUGUAAAUCCGAUGAUAAAGGACGUUUCAUCAGCACCAUUCCUGUUAAAACAUCUAUCGAGGAUGUGAACUUAAAUACUAAGAUAUCUUUUUCUUUUAAUCUGUUACAGACCUUAUUGACUACAGAAGGGGAAGUACAAGUCUACAAAUUGAAGGAUGAAGAAAAUAACUUGGAAUUAUUUAAAAGAUACAUAUCGUUACUGUAGUGUAUAUUUUUAAGUAUUAAUAUUAAUU